AUGCUUCACGAAGAAGGUCAUAACGUGGUGUUGGUGGGGAAUUUGUAUGAUUACCAAGACAAGCGCGAUGAACCACAAUAUACAAAUGAGCAACAAGGCUAUUCUAAAGUGUCUGUUGAAUCUUUAAAGAGUGGGGGUGCGUAUGGCCAUUUAUUGCCAGUACACCAAACAUACUUCAAGUCUAUCAAUCACAUAGUCAGAGAACAUAAAAGAUGUAAAAGAAGAGGCGCUAAGGGCGUGAUCUUCUUCAAGGAUAACGAAAAGGCUCUUAUUAAUCAAGAUCACCAAAGACACCAAGGUAAACACAGGCGACACAGAAAGCCAGUUAUUACAAACACAUUUGGCCAAGAUCCAUUAGAAAGAGAUGCAUGGUACGUUAACCAUAUUGGUCCUCAUUCACUCAUAUUUGCAUUAGACGUUAUCUUACCCACUUACUACGAUAACAUGACUCCAGAUUUAAUUAUCAUGGGUCCUACUGAAGAUACCACAACUGAGGAAUCUGUUAUUGAUGCUAUCCAAUAUGUGAAGCAAAGAGAACUGAAAGACACGAAGCCACCUACCAUUUUGACUGUGACAACGUUUGAGGAUAGCAAAAUCUAUUUCCAAGACGAAACUUAUUUCAACCUUCAAGCAGAAACUUACCAAGGUUCAAUCAAAUCUAAUAUGGUUACAAAGACAAUGCACUUCGUCAACAAAAAGAUUGUGGAACUUUUAAACUUUGAACAAUUCGGUACUCAAGACUCGGUUAUUACUGUCAAGUUCCCAUCUUUGAACCUGGAACAUACAAGUUGCUCCACUGACGAAGAUUACAUUAAUUUCAAGAAACAAUACACUUCAGUCAAUGCUGAGAAAACUUUUAAGAAACUGGACUCUGAAAGACUUCCUAUUUUCAAGUUUAAUACUUUGAACGACAUCAGAAUAAACUUGAAUGCAUGGAAAAUGAUUCAAAGUGCACGCGAGUCAUGGAAUCAAGUCAUCAACUCCAAACAAGAUGACGAAGAUUUGAAAGUGGGUAGCAAUUGUAAGAUCUCAGUCAACUACAUGAAUUUUGAGUGA